GACGCUCAAGCACGAGGAGCUAUCUGUCGGCAACUGAUUCGUCCCCCAACCCCCGAGUCGUGCACUCAUGCGCACCAGUGGUUGCACUGGAGCUGGCGAAUGGGAGCGGUCUCUGAGAUCCACCAUAAGAGGUCGCAUUGGCCUGGCAAUCUGCAUUCAAGUGGCAGCAUCCGCAAUCCUCUCUCAUCAACCUCCACUCGCGAGUUCCCAUUCAGAACGGCAACCAUGGCGCGGCACAUCAUCCUCGCACUCCUCGUCGCAACAAUCUUCUCCGCCGCCAUCGCACAGGACGAGGCGGAGUGGAUCGAUGCCCACAACGCCGCUCGCAGCGUGGUUGGCACCCCCCUGCUCACGUGGAACACCACUUUGGCUGACUAUGCGCUCGCGUAUACCCAGACUCUGACGGGAUCUUGCGAUGAUUGGGGUCAUUCGGGUGGGGACUAUGGCGAGAACAUCUACUGGGGCGGAAGCACCGCUGACACUCCCACCGAAGCCGUCCAACUAUGGGUCUCCGAGAGUGCAGCCUACACAUACGGCCCGUUCGAUGACAGCACGCUGUCAUGCUGUGGGCAUUACACGCAGGUGGUGUGGAAUACCACCACUAGCGUCGGGUGUGCUAAGGUCCUGUGCGCAUCAUAUGUCAACUAUCCAGUGUUCAUGAUUUGCAGCUACUCUCCUCCAGGAAACUACGUUGGAGAGUAUCCUUACUAGAUGGAUCGACCAGUCAUCGAUCAGGCCAUGGGCGGAUCCACCGACUAAUCACCUGCGGUGCGAGGGCAACAAUGUGUUGAUUCUCUAGGAGUAUGUAGCUUGUGUACUGCGUGAUGGACCGGCUUGAAUAAAACGAGCAACUUAGACGUGGUUGCGUGGUUGGCGUUAAGAGCCCGUGCACCUGAUGCAGGGUAGCACGGAAUUACGUGAGGACCCUUGGAGUGCCACCAUCACAACUCCAUGGUGGCUUUUGCGCGCAUAGUGGGCACUAAUCAUUGACGCUGUACCUGGGCGGUCAGUAGACAGUCGGAGGUUGUUAGAUAUGGCAAGGAUAGUGAAUGCAUAUGCUCAACUUAUGUAAACAAUAUUGUGUUAAUAAUAACGUUACAAGCUUUUUUGCUUUCUGUAUGCCAA